GCCGGGGACGGUCGGGUCGGGUCGGCGCGGCGGUGGCGGGGAGUGGCGCGGCGGGACGAUGAGCGACAGCGGGGAGCAGAACUACGGCGAGCGGGAAUCCCGUUCUGCUUCCAGAAGCGGAAGUGCUCAUGGGUCUGGCAAGUCGGGGAGGCACACCCCUGCAAGAUCUCGAUCUAAGGAGGAUUCAAGGCGUUCCAGGUCAAAGUCUAGAUCCAGGUCUGAAUCCAGAUCUAGAUCCCGGAGGAGUUCCCGCAGGCACUACACCAGGUCACGCUCUCGUUCCCGCUCUCACAGGAGGUCCAGAAGUAGGUCGUACAGUCGCGAUUACCGGCGGCGGCACAGUCACAGCCAUUCCCCCAUGUCUACUCGCAGGCGCCACAUUGGGAACAGGGCAAAUCCUGAUCCAAACUGUUGUCUUGGUGUGUUUGGGUUGAGCUUGUACACCACAGAACGAGAUCUGAGGGAAGUUUUCUCCAAGUAUGGUCCAAUUGCUGAUGUUUCCAUUGUGUACGAUCAGCAGUCUCGACGUUCAAGGGGAUUUGCAUUUGUGUACUUUGAGAACGUUGAGGAUGCUAAGGAGGCUAAGGAACGUGCCAAUGGAAUGGAGUUGGAUGGAAGAAGAAUCCGGGUAGACUUUUCCAUAACAAAAAGACCUCACACACCUACCCCUGGAAUCUACAUGGGAAGACCCACUUACGGCAGCUCCCGGCGGCGGGAUUACUAUGACAGGGGAUAUGACAGAGGGUACGACGAUCGUGACUAUUACAGCAGGUCAUACAGUGGCUUUGAACAUCCUGGAGAAAUGCAUGCCUGUUAUCAAGGUUAAGCUGCUACAAGGACAAAGAUGUAUUGGUUUUCAUCUUGCCAGCAAUUGUACAUAAGCUUCCACAUGAAGUAGACGAGACCCAAAAGUAGCUCUUUGACCAAGCAUUCUGCACAAGGUACAAAAAAUUGACAAUUAUCCUCAUCUUGCUUAAUGUCCUGAAGAUAAUGAAAUGAAAGCUAGCAGGCAAAACAACUGAAGCAGCUCCCAGAAAUGUUGGGGAACAGAGAAGUCUGUUUCUCCCAUUUUUUUCAUUCUUCCUUCUGGGGGGAAUUGUGAUAAACUUACAAAAAUGCCAAAAGCAUACAGAGACCAGCAAAAAACAGGGCUAUAGAAUGUUUGAUAAUAGUUUUAUGUUGUCAGUUUCUUGAACUUGCUCGUGGUACAGAUCUCCUUUUACGAAGGAUUUAUCAAGGUUUUCUGGCUGUACUUUUUUUUUUUUUUUUUCCCAGUUGUAACUUACUCCUCCUUUAGAUUCCUCACUUUAGAUUAUGGUAUAACAUGUCUUUACUCCUUGUGGUUCCUCAUGGUGAACUGUGGCUCAGAUCUUUUUGUAAAACAUUAUCAGAAGUUUGAAUUUUUUCCCUUCUGAGAGCAUACUACUGAGAAUAGAUGCAGAGACUGAGAUUGACUGUGUACAAAGAAGAGUACGUGAAUUAGGGGAAGAAAAGCAGGCCUGCAAGAAGUGAACUGCUUCAGUUGGUGCUGGUUUUAGUGCUAGCAGAAUUCAUAGCCACGUUGGUUCAGCUCUUGCAGGCAGUUGUGCUCCUGGCGAUGUUCUGACCUUCCUGCGUGCUCUCCCAUUCUGUGUCUGUCAUGUGAUAUUCAGGGCUUUGGGGUGGAAAUACUCAGAGUAUUGACAGUUCUGCAGGAGUGAUUUCCGUUCCCUAAAAUAACAAAUCUUUGUGAAGCUCACUGCAGAACCUUUCUAAUAUCUUCUCAGAUACUGAUAUAGCAGGUAAAGCAGAUACGAAAAGAUUGAAAGUAAGCCACAGAUGUUUGCACGUGUCUGCUUUACAAAUACCAUGGUCUUUUCUACUUAAAUACUUAGUAAUUAUCCUGCAGGUAUUGCUUGUUUGAAGGAGAGAGCAGAGUAGUGUUGCAUAAGCUGUGGGUUCUCCCUUGAAUAAGGGAAAUGGGGUAAAUAAAUUCUAAAUCCUGAAUUGCAAGUGUUACACGGUACUGCUUAACCCUAGAAAGUCAAUGAGCAAUAAUUACUUUACGUUUUCUUCCUUAUUUGCUUUCUGUGCAGUGAAACUUGAAGGGAAAUACAAUGCAGGAUGGAGUUAUCAUGCUAAAGUUUUUCUCAUGUUGCUGUGGAAUACUCAGCCUGCAAAAUAGGGAUGCAAAAUAAUGCACACUACCUAAUCUUCCAAAUGGAGAAACUUUGCUUUGGGGGGAAAAAGUAAAAUAGGAGACUUGUUGGUUAGAAAUGUAGUGGAUUUUCUUGACUGUCGUAUGAUUGCUGCCUUUUUGAGCUGUGAUAGUCACACCUGCUCCAUAAUCCAAACUUGAUUCAGUAAUGCUUUGCUAUAUAUCUAAAUCUGUGGAAGUAGCAGAUCAGCCACUGAAUAUUGUGUAAGUAUUAUAACCUGUUGUUCAGUUCCAGGUGACUUCUGUACAAGAAGUUCUGGAGAUGCCCUGUUUAAGCGUGAUGAAGUGUUAAGGGUGUCUACCUCAGCCGUGGUGUCACCUUGGUCAUCUUUCCUUAGCAAUCUGAUUUCAAGGCUUAACAAUAUUGCAUGCUUUGAAUGGAUAAGCAUCUGAGAAUGGGAAUGCUUUUAAAAGCAGAGGCUUCAUACUGCUCUGAAAUCACUGCUUGUUGAAGAGUAUGAUGUAAAACACAGUAUUGGCCAGCGGAGUGCAAGACCUCUGCAGCUGCACCUUGCCACUUUCAGUAUUUGGCGUUCAGCUAACACCCAGGAAUCAAAAAUGAAGGUAGUAGGGAAGUAACAAAGUAUUUAUCUAGUUAAGCUACCAAAUGUUUUCUUCUCUUCACUUUAUCAUAUGAUUGAGCGUGUUUUUUACUUGCAUGGUGAGCUUCUUUGUUAAAUUUUCAAAACUGUUCUGCUUCUG